AAGGAUUUAUACAUCAACGUUUUUAUUUUUGGGUUUGUGGAAAAAAAAAAAUUAAAUCCGGGAUCUACGACAGAAGAGUUAUUAUGUACAUCAAUUGAAUAGGAAGAAAAAAAGUGCUUGUGUGACAGUGCUUCCUGCAAGAAGUUCAGUCUUUCUUUUUUUUAAGCAACCGCUCCUUGAGCUGCAAGCUGUGUCUUUUAAUCCACGCUGAGUGUGAGGGACUGAUUAGUGGAAACUGGCUUGGAUAAAGAAUCAAGAGAUCAAAAACGGGGAUCAGUUGCCUUCGUCCCCAGUAGUGGGGACCUCACUUCCUGUGGCCCUCAUCAUUUUGAGGUGGGGUUAAGAUGAGCAUAACCAGUGACGAAGUGAAUUUCCUGGUGUAUCGCUAUCUUCAGGAGUCAGGUUUCUCUCACUCAGCGUUCACAUUUGGAAUUGAAAGUCACAUCAGCCAGUCAAACAUCAAUGGAACGCUAGUGCCCCCUGCUGCCCUCAUCUCUAUCUUGCAGAAAGGUUUGCAGUAUGUGGAAGCAGAAAUCAGCAUUAAUGAAGAUGGCACAGUUUUUGAUGGUCGUCCAAUAGAAUCGUUGUCUUUGAUUGAUGCUGUAAUGCCAGAUGUAGUACAAACUCGACAACAAGCCUUCAAAGAGAAGUUAGCCCAACAAUCUGCUGCUGCAGGAGCUACAUCAAAUGUAGCAACUGUCACAACCUCCUCAACAACUUCUGCGUCACAACAGAAUACACCAAAGAAUGGAGCAGCCACUGUGAAUGGUGAAGAGAAUGGGGCACAUGCAAUAAAUAACCAUGCAGAACCAAUGGAAAUUGAUGGUGAUGUCGAAAUUCCACCUAACAAAGCAACAGUCCUUCGCGGGCAUGAAUCAGAAGUUUUCAUUUGUGCCUGGAAUCCUGUCAGUGACCUCUUAGCAUCUGGGUCAGGAGACUCCACAGCAAGAAUUUGGAAUCUAAAUGAAAACAACUGUAGUAAUUCUACUCAGCUAGUUCUAAGGCAUUGUAUACGAGAAGGAGGACAAGAUGUACCAAGCAACAAAGAUGUGACUUCUUUGGACUGGAAUGCUGAUGGCACCCUCUUAGCUACAGGAUCAUAUGAUGGCUUUGCACGGAUUUGGACGCAAGAUGGUAAGUUGGACUUAUGUAACCUUGCAAGCACUCUAGGUCAACAUAAAGGUCCCAUCUUUGCAUUGAAGUGGAACAAAAAAGGGAACUACAUACUGAGCGCUGGUGUUGAUAAGACGACGAUAAUAUGGGAUGCACACACAGGGGAAGCAAAGCAGCAGUUUCCAUUCCAUUCAGCACCUGCUCUGGAUGUAGAUUGGCAAAACAAUACCACAUUUGCCUCGUGUAGUACAGACAUGUGUAUUCAUGUAUGCAGACUUGGCUGUGACCGCCCAGUCAAAACCUUUCAAGGACACACGAAUGAAGUAAAUGCAAUUAAAUGGGACCCAUCAGGAAUGCUCCUAGCCUCAUGUUCCGACGACAUGACUCUGAAGAUAUGGAGUAUGAAACAAGACAUCUGUGUACAUGACCUGCAGGCCCACAAUAAAGAAAUCUACACAAUCAAAUGGAGUCCAACAGGUCCAGGCACCAGCAAUCCAAACUCAAAUAUCAUGUUAGCCAGCGCUUCAUUUGAUUCAACGGUCCGACUGUGGGAUGUCGAGAGAGGUGUUUGCAUUCACACGUUAACCAAACAUCAAGAACCUGUCUAUAGUGUAGCUUUUAGUCCUGAUGGCAAAUAUUUGGCUAGUGGUUCAUUUGACAAAUGUGUGCAUAUAUGGAACACUCAGAAUGGAUCACUAGUACACAGCUACAGAGGAACAGGAGGGAUAUUUGAAGUUUGCUGGAAUGCCAGAGGUGACAAAGUGGGAGCAAGUGCAUCUGAUGGAUCAGUUUGUGUCCUGGACCUGCGAAAAUAAGACUAAACUUCAACCAAUCUCAAAGGACCAGCAGCAAAUGUGCACUGUUUAAAAUAGCAGAUACUAGUAUUGUACGAACUUGACAAUGUCAAAGUGUACAAGAAAAUCACAACCUCCCUAAAUGAAGAAACCGUGGGAUGUCCACAACCUUCAUGGAUCCAUUUCAAACAACUUCCACUUAGAGUGGAUGUUCACCAUACAAGCCUGUUUUGGCCUCCGAUGUUGAAGGCUGGUUUGUGUUUCCCAGUGAUGUGUAAGAGAUUAUUAUAUACAUAUUUUUCACGGCAAAAAAAACAUCCAUGCCAAAAGAUGAUGAGUUCCACCAGAUGUAGGUGGAGAAAGAUGAAAGAAAAAGAAUGCAGAAGGCUUUGUUAAAACCAAAAGGGAAUAGAGAUGCAUACUAUUUGUGUCUUUACCUGUUAAUUUGGACACUACAAAUGGUUUCCCAAAGGACCUACAAACAAAGACCAGUUUUUAAUGAUAAAUCUGUAUGACUUUUUGUAUUUUCUAGACUACUUUUUUUUGUUUGCUUUUGUUGAUUGGUUCAGUGUUUUUCUACCAGCUCAACAUAAUGGAUCGGGGAAGAUCACAGAGUAACACAAGGAACUAACCUUGCUUUUAGUUCAGUUUUGUUUUUGUCCACAAUUAGUGUUGACGUGCUGGCUAAUAACACACUUGAAGAAAUGCUUGACUCUUUUCAUUGCAGACCUCUUUUUUUCUCCUUCUUCUUCAUCUAAUCACUACCUUUGCUCCUAUCUUGAUACGCUUGCAGUAACUUCAGUAACGGAUUGACCAAUAAUGCAUCUAUUGGCAAUGGCCUCUCCUGCACUGAGGAUUGUGUCCUCUCCACAAACAUACCUGUCACGGUCACCUCUAUGAUAUGGUGUCACAUGCUUUUUAUAAGAAUGCAAUGCCGGGAAAGCUUUUUACAAAAAAGAAUGAUGAACUUUUAAGAGAAAGAACCCACUGUAUUUUUGAAAAUAAAAAAAACAAUAUUUUUUAUGUUAAAAGCUGAAUUCUAAAAUGAGAAAAAAAAUGCAAAUGUUGGGUUUGUCCAAGUCAUGCAAAAUAAAAAAAAAC